AUGCUUUUAAACCAGCUGAAAGAGAUCACAGGAAUUCAAGAUUCGGCUUUUCUUCACGCGGCUCUAAAGGCUGCUAAUGGAGACCUAAUGGAAGCGGUCACCUUCCUGACGGAGGAGCAUGCUCAGGAGCCGGCUCAGGACGCAUCUGCUGCAGAGCCAUCCACUUGGGAAGGGAGCGCCGUGGGCAAACAAGUGCUGCCUCCGCUUCUAGACGUUACUGCUGCCCUUACCCCUAACAACAGAGACAACCUCCGCGCAGCCGAUGCCUUCAGACCGCUGGAAUCGCCAAAAGCUCAGGCUGCAGAAAGAGAUGCUGCUGAAAGGUCAGAAGGGCAUUCUGCUGAAAACAAAAAUCGCCCCAAAAGGAAACGCUGUGAAGUCUGGGGAGAAAACCCCAAGCAGAACGACUGGAGAAGAGUGGGCGACUGGCCCGUCGGAAUGAAAAAUAUUGGAAAUACGUGUUGGUUUAGCGCCGUCAUCCAGUCUCUGUUCCAGUUGCCAGAAUUUCGGAGGCUGGUCCUUGGGUACUCCCUCCCGCAAAACGUGCUGGAAAGUUGUCGUAGUCGCACUGGAAAAAGAAAUGUUGCGUUCAUGCAAGAACUUCAGUGUCUGUUUGCGUUAAUGCUGGGGACGCGUCGUAAGUUUGUAGACCCUUCUGCAGCGGUGGAACUCUUGAGGGAUGCGUUUAGAUCGGCUGAAGAACAGCAGCAAGACGUGAGUGAAUUUACGCACAAACUGCUGGACUGGCUGGAGGAUGCGUUCCAGCUUGCUGUGAACGUCAAGAGCCCCGGGGACAAAUCCGAAAACCCAAUGGUACAGCUUUUCUACGGGACUUUCUUGACCGAGGGUGUCCAUGAGGGCAAUACUUUUUCCAAGAUCGAAACCUUUGGUCAGUAUCCCCUUCAGGUAAAUGGUUAUCGAAACUUGAACGAGUGCUUGGAAGGAGCCAUGGUGGAGGGAGAGAUGGAUGAGGCGACAGCAUCUCAGUCAGUGAAGUACGGACAGGAGCGCUGGUUUACAAAACUCCCACCGGUGCUGACCUUUGAACUCUCCCGAUUUGAGUUCAAUCAGUCACUAGGACAGCCAGAGAAAAUUCACACCAAGCUGGAAUUUCCCCAGACUAUUUAUAUGGACAGGUACCUCUACUGUAGCAAAGAGCUUAUUCAGAUGAAGAGAGAAGAAAUGAAGAGGCUGAAGGAGAAAAUGGGGAUUCUGCAGCAGAAGCUGGAAAGCUACAUGAAAUACGGCUCUGGCCCAGUCCGCUUUCCGCUGCCCGACAUGCUCCAGUAUGUUCUCGAAUUCAUCGCCACAAAGCCAGCCGUAGCUGUGUCUUCCGCUCAGGGCUCUCAGACGACGCUCCUGCAGUCCCAAGCCGAGCCCCACGUUUUGGACGUGCUUUCAGAGCCGACUGGGAAGGAUACCAGGACUGACGAUGCGGCUUUCUUCUUGGCAAAUCCCUCGCUCCAGCAGCAGUCGAGUACGCCGCUCCAGCCUUCGGGUUCGCCCGCAGAAGCAUCUGAACGUCCAGCUCCUCGUGUGGUUUCCACGGAAGAGCUGAACCUUGUUCGGGCGUGUCUCCAGCGAUGGAGGAACGAGAUUGAACAAGAUGUGCAAGAUCUGAAGGAGUCUAUUACCAGAAUCAGCCUGUCCAUUGAACAAAUGUACUGCGACCCUCUCCUCCAACAGGUUCCCUAUCGUUUGCAUGCAGUCUUGGUACACGAAGGGCAAGCAAAUGCUGGUCACUACUGGGCCUACAUAUACGACCAGCCUCGAAAAAGUUGGCUGAAAUACAAUGACAUCUCAGUGACGGAAUCAUCGUGGGAGGAGUUGGAGAGAGAUUCAUUCGGAGGCUUGAAGAAUGCCAGUGCCUACUGCCUGAUGUACAUAAGCGAUAAGGUGUCCCGCCUCGUUGCAGGUACCAGAGCCAAAACUGCUGAUUAAUUCCACGAAGUCGAAGCCCUGCCCCCGGAGCUGCGACACUAUGUCCAGGAGGACAACUGGCGACUGGAGCAGGAGGCGGAGGAGUGGGAGGAGGAGCAGUCUUGCAAGAUUCCUCAGAUGGAGCCUUCGCCUGCUUCCGAAUCGCAGGACCUCUCUUCCGAGUCAGGACCAGAUCCGUCUUUGGUCUGCGAGCAGAGCGUGCGCUCUCUGUCCUCUGAACAUGCCAUGAUUGCCAAGGAGCAGACUGCCAAGGCCAUUGCGAACACCGCCGACGCCUAUGAAAAGAACGGCGUUGAGGCGGCUCUCUGCGAGGUGAUGCUGAGUCCAGCCAUGCAAGGUGUCAUCCUGGCUAUUGCAAAAGCCCGCCAGACCUUUGAUCGAGAUGGGUCUGAAGCAGGGCUUGUGAAGGCGUUCCACGAGGAGUACUCUAGGCUCUACCUGCUUGCCAAAGAGACCCCGACCCCUCAGAAUGACGCCCGGUUGCAACACGUGCUCAUUUACUUCCUGCAAAACAACGCUCCCCAGCAGGUGGUGGAACGGACCCUUCUCGAGCAGUUUGCGGACAAAAACCUCAGCUACGAUGAAAGGUCGAUUAGCAUUAUGAAGGUAGCACGAGCAAAGCUGAGAGAAAUCGGACCCGACGACAUCGAUAUGGAGGAGUACAAGAGAUGGCACGAAGACUACAGCCUUUUUCGCAAGGUGUCGGUUUACCUGCUGACAGGGUUGGAGCUCUACCAGAAUAGAAAGUACCAGGAGUCGCUCACCUACCUGGUCUACGCCUACCAAAGCAACACCAAGCUGCUGCUGAAAGGAGCCAACAGAGGAGUGGACGAGUCGCUGAUUGCCUUGUACAGAAGGGAGUGUCUCCUGAAGCUGAACGAGGUGGCAGCAUCUCUGUUCGUAAGUCGUGACGAAGCUCGCGUGGCAGAGGGCGUGAGCAUCCUGAACGAGCUGAUCAUCCCCUGCAUGCACCUCAUGAACAGCUUUGAGAUCUCCAAAGAGGACCUGGAUGCCAUCGAGGUGAUGAGAAACCGCUGGUGCUCCUAUUUGGGACGAGAAGAUAUGGACGCAAAGCUGCAGAUGAAGCUGGGCGAAUUGCUGCCCCGGCUCCUCGACUGCUCCACCGAGGUCAUCGUUCUGAAAGAGCCCCCGAAGAUCCGGCCCAACUCCCCCUACGACCUCUGCAGCCGGUUCGCGGCCGUGAUGGAGUCCAUUCACGGGGCCUCGACCGUGACCGUGAAAUAG